UGUCAUUUUCAGCCAUACCGGCCAUACUGUCACUGGUUUCAGCAGAGCUCUGUCCUGCUGCGCUGGCGAAGAGCACACACUGACAUACACUGGCUGGCUUGCUCGCUUCCAGUGAUUGAAACAUGGAUCAAGACAACAAUCCAGAGAAUGUGUCCUUCAGCCUACCAGAGAAUCCUUCAGGAGAGGGACUGCCUGCUCUACCUGCAGGGAUCUCGGAUAGUGAAGCAAUGGAGAUGCUUUGGCAGCUGCGAGCCCAGCGCCGCCAGCCGCCCUCUGAGCUCCCAGAGACAGUGUCCUGUCUUACUGCCCCUGAUGGCAGCCUCCUAUACCUGGUGGGCACUGCCCACUUCAGUGACAGCAGCAAGAAGGAUGUGGCCACGAUAAUCCGCGCUGUGCAGCCAGACGUGGUGGUGGUGGAGCUGUGCCAGUACAGGGUGUCUAUGCUGAAGAUGGACGAGAAUACACUGCUGAGAGAAGCCAAAGACAUCAACCUGGAUAAGGUUCAGCAGGCUAUCAAACAGAAUGGGUGGAUGUCUGGCCUGAUGCAGAUUCUCCUGCUCAAAGUCUCAGCUCACAUCACGAAGCAGCUGGGCAUGGCUCCUGGAGGAGAGUUUAGGGAGGCCUUCAAAGAGGCAGGACGGGUGCCGUUCUGUAAAUUCCACCUUGGCGACAGGCCGAUCCCUGUUACAUUCAAGAGGGCCAUUGCUGCUCUAACUCUGUGGCAGAAGGCCCGCCUGGCAUGGGGUCUUUGCUUUCUGUCUGACCCCAUCAGUAAAGAGGACGUGGAGAAGUGCAAACAGAAGGACCUGCUGGAGCAGGCCAUGUCAGAGAUGAUCGGCGAGUUUCCCACUCUCCACCAGACCAUUGUGGCUGAAAGAGACGUCUACCUCACACACUCGCUCCGCCAGGCUACACGCUGUGUGGAGGCCCCCCCUGAUGCCCAGAAAGUGCCUGCUGUGGUGGUAGGAGUUGUAGGGAUGGGUCAUGUCCCUGGCAUAGAAAAAAACUGGGAGAAGCAGCUCAACAUUAGCGAAAUCAUGAGUGUUGCACCUCCCUCGCGUUUUGGCUGGGUGUUGCGCACGGUCCUAAAGGGUGUGAUGAUGGGAAUGCUGGGAUACUCUUGCUACCGUGCUGGAGGGAGUUUAGGCCGAACCCUGCUGACUUUACCUGGAGUCCAAUCUUUACUGGAAACUCUGCGGCCACCCCCUGCUUGACCCCACUGGUCAUCUCUAAGCCAUCAAUGACCCGACAGUUGAUCUAUUUAAACAAUGCAUCUAUCACCAAUGGCCUUAAUAAACCCAGAGGUGAGGCUGGAGGAAAGGUGUCACCAGCCCACAGUAUGAACUAACAAGGACCUCAGAGAGUUAAGAGCCUCCAACCUUGUAUUGAGGUGUCCCUGUAGACACAGCAGGGCUGUACUGCCAAAGAAACCAUGACAGUACUUUUUUUUCCUUUUUUUUUUCUUAUUUUGUGCAAAUCCUGCAUUUUGUUAGGUUUUCAAAUGCCAAUAAUUCCUUUUGAAUAUAUUUCCCCCCACCACCAUUCCUUUUUAAAUGACUUACAGAGCUUUUAUUUGACAAGUAUCAUCAGUUAUCUUCAGUCACCUGCCCUGAUAUGACCGAGCCUCUUCCAAGAUGCACACUUUUCUAACGUUGUCUCCUUAGUCCUUUGUCCUUUUUUCUGCUACCAACCAGUAUUUCUAGUAAAUGGCCCAUUUCAAGUCUAGCAGUUUAUAAGAGACUGGUUGAGUCUGGUACUGUACAUGCAGCCAAUGGGAAGGGAAAGUAAAGUAAAACAUCAAGUCAGUCAUAACUAUAAUGAACAAAUUACAAAAAUAUAGUGUAGGAACUCUAUAAAAACCUUCAGUUGUUAUAGUUGGUGGAUAGAGUGACUUCUGAAUUGAAAGGUUGACUAUUAUUUUCUGUUCUUUAAAAAUCUACAAUUUAAAAUUCUUCAAAACUAGCAAAAGACAAAAUUGAUUUAUUUCCAGUGUGCGCAGUCCUGCCCACAUCAACAGACAAGUGCCUCACAUUGCAGCAGUAAGGGCUAAUGGUGAACUAAAUGGAAUGGGGGGGAAAAUGUGUUAUAUGCAUCUUACACAUACUACAACUAAACGGUCAAUGCAAGUUUAUUUAUAUGAUAGGCUUAUUUUAUAAAUACUGCUGCCCCGAAUAUAGAUCUCCAGUUUGUGUUGUCUUGGUUUCAAUUGAAACGGUACCAUAGCCCCUUGAUCACUCACACAUUCAACAGAGACCUGAUGCAGGGCAGGCUUAAAUGUGCCUCAGGGUGAGCAAAGCAUUGAUCUUGUGAUUUGUAUAUUCGAUUGUACAUCUACUUUGAGGCAUCUUCACAUUUUGGCUUGAACUGGCUCCAUCUCUGAGUAAGGGGAACAUGCUUGACACAAAAAAUAUGCAUCUUGUACAGAAAUCUCUAAAAACCGCCACAUGGGAACAUCUGUCAUUCAGCGCACCAGCUGUUUGUACUUACAUACGAUAUAUGCAUUGUCAUUUUACCAGUUUGAUUGUAAAAUGGGUAUCGAGAUGAUGAAAAAAAAAAAAAAAAUGAAAUUAGUUUCAAAUUUAAGAUUUGAAUUUGACCAUAAUAAUUUCCAGUGAAAUUUCUUAUGGACGUGUUUUUGGCUAGUAUGAAGGAAGGCGACAGUUAAGGUUGGUCAGAGUUGGGAGGUCAAGCCUUACACUGCUAUCACUGCUGCCUUUGACCCUCAGAUUGCCUCGAUCUGCUGAGGCAUUGACCUGUGUCCAUAGUAUAAAGCUUCUAAUUGCAUGUGUAAAAAUUGGCUACAUGACAUCCGUGGAACUUUGUUGUUUGGGAAAUGUCCCAAUAAAUCCAACGUGUUAUUGAUAUUCUACUAUUGCAAGGUUAUAUAUAAAAAUACAUACAUUUCCAGGUAUUUCCAAAAUUUAAUUUUAAGUGAUUUAAUGUACAGUAGUCAAAUUAUGUAGAUGUAUUUAUAAGAGCUAUAGAAGGAGGUUAUUUUCUGACCUGAUUUGAGACUUUAUUGAAUGACGCAGUGCCAUUUCAUCUGACGCAUAAACUCAGAUAACCUGAGCAAGUAAGUCUAAGUCUUCCAAUUGGUAAAAUUAUGCUCUUUUACGAGAUAAGUAUAUUGGGAAAGUGAAGAAAAUAUGUAGUCAUACCUCUCUGUCCCUCAACAGUAUAAUACAGUAUCCCUUCCCACAUCAUUUCCAAAGGUUUAAUCUAUUGUAUGUUUGAGAAUUGCCAAGAGAAAACUGUAUGAAUUCCUGUAUUUGUUGUAAAAAAUUGUUUUUCCCCCAAACCCUUGUGUGAUAUUGUCAUUGUUAGCAAACCAAACAUUCAAAUCAUAACUUCUGUAAUGAAUUAUUAAAACAUUUUAAGUA